AUAGUCGCAUGGCUUCGUCUCUACUUGGUUCUGGAGCCUCGAAUGUGCAAUCAAAAUGAAGGUUGCGGUGAGCGUCGUAGUUUUGCUCUCUAUUUGUGCCUCAGUACCUGCUCAAGAACCCGCAGGUUGUCCCAAUCCAGAAGACAGCCUCCCUGACAACCUCAUCCUCGAGGAAUAUCCAGAUGGGCGUCUGAAUGAAAGCUCAAAGCUAAGGGUGAGAUGUGCCCCUGGUUACGUUUCCCAUGGCCCGCGACGAUGGACAAUUGAAUGUGUCAUGGAAGGAUGGGCGCUCGUCUGGACGAAGCUGGACAACGCAAAGUGCAGACCUGUAUCAUGUGGACAUCCAGGCUUCAUAAGAAACGGCAUGUUACGCAGUGCUGUUUUCACCUUUCCCAAUUCCGUGAAGUACGAAUGCGACGUAGGCUAUAAAGCCGUCGGGCGAACUGAGAUCUACUGUCAGAGCAACGGCCGUUGGGACGAAGAACCUCCCCGAUGUGAAGUGGUACGUUGUGGCAGCCCAGAGGGCAUAGGGAACGGCACAGUGGAAUUCCACGAUGACCAGUACGGGUCCGUCGCUCGGUACAUCUGUCCUCGAGGCUACAAGAGGGAAGGGGAAGAACAGCGAACAUGCGGUACUGACGGCAUCUGGAGUGGGUCACCUCCCGUGUGUAACGAAGUCAGAUGCGCACCGCCAGGAAAUCCAGACAACGGGGGAUGGGCUGAUCCACCGGAGCAGAUUGAAAGACCAGUUGACUUUGAAGUUAGCUUCUACUGCCCAGGAGGCAUGACCCUACUCGGUUCUGACAUGACGAGGUGUCUCGAAGACGGAAUAUGGUUAUUUGAUCCGCCGCAGUGCAAGAGAAACUGUCAUGCAUGGGAACAGGAAGGAGGCCACAUAGCACGUCGGGUGAAUCAGUGGCUUGGAGGACAGCAUUAUGAAGUGGUACAACCUGGAACCAUGGUGCCUCCUGGUCAAACAAUGUACCUUCUUCAAUGCCGCCCUGGUUACGAAAUCCAGUUGAAGAGCUCUGUGGAACUGGAGUGUCGGAACGGAGAGUGGUGGCCGAUCAAGGAACCGAUCUGCGACCCAAGCCCUUGCAGAAAUAUUAGGCGUCUACAAUAUGGACAUCCACGAAAAUCUAUAGUGGAACAUAAUGAUAAAGUUGAAUACGAAUGCUCCAACGGUUACGACCUCAUAAACGGUGAAGAGUCCGUCUGCAGCUUAGGUACAGUUGUUCACGGAGCAUCAGGACAACCAACCUGCAACCCGAAGGACUGCAAGCUAGACGGACUACCCCAUAUUGAUCACGGACGUCCUAAACGCGGCACUGGACCUACAGCCGUACACGGUACACGUGUUGAUUUUGAAUGUGACAACGGCUACGAACUCUCUGCAAGGAAUUCGGUGAUAUGCUUUCUUGGACAGUGGCAAGGACAACCAGGACAUUGCAUGCCAAAGGGCUGUGGUGUCCCACCGAAAGUCCCAAAUGGAUUUCACAUUCUACAGACGGAUACGGUGCCCCACAAUGCGAGUGUCUUUUACCACUGUCAAGACAAAUACCUGAUAGAGGGCGACAAUGACCUCCGUUGUAUGCUCGGUACAUUUCAAGGAACUCGUCCCAGUUGUAAGAAAGAUUUCUGUGACUAUCCUGCUGCUGUCUCCUUGGAGGGCAUCAAAGAGUUGAAGUCGGAUCGCACUGGCGCAAAAUUGGAGUAUGAGUGUCUGGAUGGCUACGAAACCAAUUCCGUCAAAGGGCGCUGUGAAAAUGGAACGUGGAGUUUAGAGGAACCAAUCCAACCACUUUGCAAGCGCACAUUCUGCGACAACACGCGCCUUCCGCUUCCAGCUGAGGGUAUGGGAGUUGUAGAGCGACACAACAAUGGCGAAACAUUACGAUAUGAAUGCGUGCGAGGUUACAACAACACUGGGGCGGAAGUCACUUGUGAAAACGGAACGUGGGUUCUGCACAGCUCGACGGACAGAUUCUGCAGAACACAACCCUGCGACCCGUCUUCACUGCCUGUCAUUGAGAAUGGGAGACCAAAACCGGGCUACGAGGUGACCACUUUUUCCAAAGUCGAGUACGAGUGUGCUGAAGGGUACUACCUGGCAGAACGUUCAAACGUGACAUGCCUCGCGGGAGAAUGGAAGGGGAGGAAACCUGUCUGCCAAGCAACAGUACAUGGAUGCGUACUCGGACCAAGAAACGACAGGUUUAAAGCCUACAAUGGCAACCAACGCAUGCUUCCUGGAAUUGUUCCGCAUGGCACAACAUUGAGGUAUCACUGUGAGCCAGUGGGCACUCUAGUACUAAAAGGAAACAGAAGCACAAUCUGCAAUAAUGGAACAUGGGAUGCCCGUCCACCGUACUGCUACGGCACACCCCGUUAUGGUCCUAAGAUAAGCAUUACCGCAAAUCCUUCUGUGGUCGGUCCUGGAGGAACCGUGUAUGUAGACCCCAACGCAACCAUUUCCGUUACAUGUGAGCACGGAUGGAGGGGCCACAUGACUGCUCCGGGAUACACGAUUAUAAACCAUUACCUCAGCUCUGACUUCCGUCAUAAGCUGUCCGAGGGAGAGAACGUCCUCAUCGAAUGCACGAAUGGCGCAAAUAACAACGUUGUUCAUUUCGUCGGUAGGCGUAUCAACGCUGGAUGUCCCCUGCUGGAGCCUCCAGUAAUAUUAAUCAGGAAGAACCGUGGAACAUACGAGGUUUCGUGUCAACCUCCAUACGAACACCAUGGCCUAAAAUAUGCUUAUUGCCUCCCAUUCAACGAGUGGAGUUACCGUCCUGUGUGUCACCUACCGGCCAACACUACACGUAGAGCGAUGGCACCAGGACCAUUCCUGGAAGAGACCAGCACCAUGCCAUCAGGAACGGCUCGAACAAGUCGCCAUCAGCACCCGCAAUUCACUGCUUCAGGUCUUCACUCUCCACCAGCACUGCUCCCUGCAGACAUAGCCGAAAGGGGUAAUCGAAAGUCCCAUGAAGCUUUGCCUACUGCAUCGCCUGCUGCAUCGCCUGCUGCAUCGCCUGCUGCAUCGCCUGCUGCAUCGCCUGCUGCAACAAGCGUUAUGAGCAGCGUGCACACACAUGGUGUGACAGCUUCAACACAAACAAGAACAGAUACAGAUCGCGGUGGACCACGUUCUUCGGCAGAACAUGCGUCGACGCACCGGACCAGCGAACAUGCCUCAGCACAAGAAAUAGAGAAACCAUCCUUAGCAGGUCUGGACCACGUGCACAAUUCAACUACUACAGGCGAGGAAUCAGGGGCCGGUGAACAGGUACUGACCCCAAUACCCGUCUCAUCGGACCAAACCGGUGCACCUAGUUCGCCCUCGAAAGAAGAAUCAAGGAAGCCGGUACCAGCGUCAUCGUCCCACAGAUCGUGCACACUUCGCGACAUCGACAAUUUCACUAAAAUUUUUGUGGGUUACCAAAAAAUUGAAGGUCGGAGCAACUUCCCAGAUGGCUUCAGCGCUACAUUCCACUGCGAACCUGUAGGACGUACGGUUGGUGGUCCAGUCAAUGUGACUUGCGAAGAUGGCCAGUGGAUCAGCAGGACUAUGACGUCAUCAAACGUACUGAAGCUACCAAUAUGCCACAGUGCGUCAGACGUGCACAUCAGUGUUACAGCAGAUUAUAUUGUGGGUCCAGGAGGCGUUCUGUUCGUUAAACGUGACACAUCAGUCAACUUGAUGUGCAGUCACGGGGAACCAAGCAUUUUAAAUGAUACCAUUGACUGGAGUAUUCGAAUCCGCACACAUGACGGAGUCAUGAACGUUCCGGAUAAGAGCGCUCUUUUCUCAGUGAGCGCCCACGAGUCGUACGUAUGCGAAUGCAAGUUGGCAAACGUAUCACGAAGAAUCCGAAUAGAGGUAAAAGAUGCGAAGAUUUGCUCAGAACCACCAUUGCCGUACGGCCUGAGGAUUGUACAAAGAGAUGGAACAAGACUGCGUUUUCGUUGCGAUGGAAACAUGACGCCACAUGAAGGUAAUGAGACCAUCGAAUGUGUGAGCAACGGCCUCUGGGACGGGAAACCACCGUCAUGCAUCAAUGGUACGACACCCGUUGGAGGAGCGACCAGGGACCAUGAUUUAUAUUCGACUGAAGCGCCACCUAGAACAACGGACACACAGGGGUCGGUAGCCCAGGUAGCCCAGGUUCCUGCAGCGGAACAUCACGUCUCGCACCAACAGACAGAAAAUGAGACAGUCCACACGCAGCUCGGUAAAAACUGCUCAGCACAUGCGUUUUUUGAGAAAGUCUCCCACGGCGUAAUCAUAGACGUUGGACAAGCCAACGUUUCCGCGGGUUCUUCCUUCGAAGCUCGUUGCGAAGCUGCUGGACACGUUCUUGCGGGAGACUCUGGUGUGGUCACGUGUCAAGAAGGCGGAACGUGGAAUUUCUCACAAAACUUGAGAUGUGAAGAAGGUUGCUCCAACUUCGCCCCCAUUGAUCCACGCCUUAUUAUCGAGGAGUGGCGGGUCUCGUACCAGUUGGGAGACAGCAUUACUCUCAGGUGUCCUAAAGGAUACGCAACAAAGCCACACGUUGAAAGAAUGAUUUGCAUGGGAACUUGGACAUCAGAGACUCUUCCCAAGUGCGUCCCUGCGGAGACUGGCACGUCAACACCAAGACCCCAACUUGGAAGGGCUGGUCGACGGCGAUAGCGUAUUAUAGGACUGAAACAGAACCAUUGCACGAGCAGUGGUAAGAAUGUAGGGGGAGAACCGAAAUACGUAUGUGUAUCACAGUUACCUGCGUACACGUUUAUCCUGUGCCUUCUGUCAUUUCCUUGCUUACUUUGAAGCAGCAAAAAAUGUUUUCCCAACACUCUCA